CAACGAUACGAGCGGUUCCUAGCCCUACAGAGAACGUGUGACCGGCCACUAGCAGUUAUCCGAGAUGUACGAACACGAUGGAACUCCACAUUUGAUAUGUGUGAGCGUGCAGUUAAGUUGCAGGUUUAUAUUGAUGCCUGGCUACAGCAAGAGAUUGCUAUAAGAGCACCAAUCCGGCCAGAAACUGAGAGGAGUGAGCUAGAUUCACGGGAUCUACGGAAGCUCCAACUAGGCCCAAGUGAGUGGCAUCAUAUUAGAGCUAUCACGCGUAUGCUCAAGAACUUCAAAGAUGCCACCCUUGACCUAAGUAGUAGUACUAGCCCCCAGAUCCAGGCUAUCUGGUCUAUGUACACUACCCUCUUUGAUUUCUUAGAUGCAAUGACAAUAGAGAUUGGUGAGGAGUCAGAUCACAGGAAUCCGGAAUGGCCAAGUAUUGUUAGAGCUGCUGCUGCAAAGGGUAGAGAGAAGCUCUCUAAGUACUACGCUAUGACUGCAGAUGAGAAAGGCUACCUUUUCAACAUGGCCACUGUGCUAGAUCCAACCCAGAAGCUUACUGUGUACGUGGGUGACGAGUGGGAGCGUGAGUGGAAGCAUACCUAUAGGAACCAGUUUGUUGACUAUACUAUGCGGUAUAGAGGAGGGACCUUCCAAAGGCAAACACUAACUAGUCCUCCACCUUCAGCUCAACGAAGUCCUUGGUACCAACGGCCCUCUAGUACUGCAAGCAGUCUUCUAAGCAGCUUUGGAAGUCAGGGACAUCAGCAUAAGGAAAUAAUAACACUGGACGAGGCCAACGACUACCUAGAGAUCCCCUGUGUAAGAGAUUCACAAGGCUCCUUUGACUUACUUAAUUGGUGGAGAAGCAACGCUAGUAACUGGCCUUAUCUACAUCAGGUUGCUAAGGAUGUGCUAGCAAUUCCAAUUGCCCAGGUUGGUGUAGAGCGGACUUUUAAUAUUGCUAGGGAGGUUAUUGGAGUUUAA